GAACGCAUGCCUCACACUGGAAGUGACGUGGCAGAGUUCCAUUAUAGGUGAUUCCGAUUGGCUAAUAAGACGUCUAGCUGGAACGUACAUAUCGCCUCUGUAUAGUCCAAGGGAAGAAGAUGAAAACUCCACCUCUCAUAGAGAUGAUCUGAUAGAGGUAUGAUUUUGUUAUAGUUCAACUCUUAUAUCUGCAAAUUAGUAAUGGCUUAAACAGCAAUAUUACAUAUGUAGUUAUGUGUAUUAGAAAUAUAGCGGUCAUUCAUGUAUCGAAAAAGAUUUAUACAGGUAUUACUAGAAAAAUGAAUUACUUGAAUAUCAUGCAAAAGUUCAUUUAUUUCAGUAAUGCAACGUAAAAGGGGAAACUAAUAUAUGAGAUAGAUGCAUUACAUGCAAAGCAAGAUAGUUCAAGCAGUGUUUUGUCAUAAGUGCGAUGAUUUUGGCUUACAGCUCAUGAAAACCCCCAAUCCACAAUCUCAGUAAAUUAGAAUAUUGUGAAAAAGGUGCAAUAUUCUAGGCUCACAGUGUCCCACUCUAAUCAGCUAAGUAAGCCAUAACACCUACAAAGGGUUUCUGAGCCUUUAAAUGGUCUCUCAGUCUGGUUCAGUAGGAAUCACAAUCAUGGGGAAGACUGCUGACCUGACAGUUGUGCAGAAAACCAUUAUUGACACCCUCCAUAAGAAGGGAAAGCCUCAAAAGGUAAUUGCGAAGGAAGUUGGAUUUUCCCAAAGUGCUGUAUCAAAGCACAUUAAUAGAAAGUUAUGUGGAAGGGAAAAGUGUGGAAGAAAAAGGUGCACAAGCAGCAGGGAUGACCGCAGCCUUGAGAGGAUUGUCAGGAAAAGGCCGUUCAAAAGUGUUGGGCACUUUCACAAGGAGUGGACUGAGGCUGGAGUCAGUGCAUCAAGAGACACCACACACAGAUGGAUCCUGGACAUGGGCUUCAGAUGUCGUAUUCCUCUUGUCAAGCCGCUCCUGAACAACAAACAACGUCAGAAUUGUCUUACCUGGGCUAAAGAAAAACAGACUUGGUCUGUUGCUCAGUGGUCCAACGUCCUCUUUUCUGAUGAGAGCAACUUUUGCAUCUCAUUUGGAAACCAAGGACCCAGAGUCUGGAGGAAGAAUGAAGAGGCACACACUUCAAGAUGCUUGAAGUCCAGUGUGAAGUUUCCACAGUUUGUGUUGAUUUGGGGAGCCAUGUCAUCUGCUGGCAUUGGUCCACUGUGCUUCAUUAAGUCCAGGGUCAAUGCAGCCGUCUACCAGGAGAUUUUGAAGCACUUCAUGCUUUCUUCUGCAGACGAGCUUUAUGGGGAUGCUGACUUCAUUUUCCAGCAGGACUUGGCACCUGCCCACACUGCCAAAAGCACCAAAGCCUGGUUCAAUGAUUGUGGGAUUACUGUGCUUGAUUGGCCAGCAAACUCACCUGACCUGAACCCCAUAGGGAAUCUAUGGGGCAUUGCCAAGAGAAAGAUGAUAGACAUGAGACCGAACAAUGCAGAAAAGCUGAAGGCUGCUAUUGAAGCAUCCUGGUCUUCUAUAACACCUCAGCAGUGCCACAGGCUGAUAGCUUCAAUGCCACGCCGCAUUGAGGCAGUAAUUGCUACAAAAGGGGCCCAAACAAAGUACUGAGUCCAUAUGCAUUCUUAUACUUUUCAGAGGUCCGAUAUUGUUCUAUGUGCACUCCUUGUUUUAUUGAUUUCAUGUAAUAUUCUAAUUUACUGAGAUUGUGGAUUUGGGGUUUUCAUGAGCUGUAAGCCAUAAUCAUUGCACUUAUGACAAAUCACGGCUUGAACUAUCUUGCUUUGCAUGUAAUGGGUCUAUCUCAUAUAUUAGUUUCCCCUCUUAUGUUGCAUUACUGAAAUAAAUGAACUUUUGCACGAUAUUCAAAUUUUUCGAGUAUCACCUGUACAUUUACACAUUAGUAUUGUGUAAAUAGCCAGUACAUCAAAAAACAACUAUAUACUUGUAAUGUAAUGAAAUAACAGGGGUCUGAUUGACAUGAUAAUAUGUAUGGGUAUCUAGUAAGUUAUAUAUUCUAAAUUUAUAUAACCAUAAAAAAUAAUAAGUAUUGUUAAAAUACUAACUAAAAAUUAAAGUACUCAAGAGAAAAAUAGAAAAACACUAGUCACCUACACAAUACAGAUAUGUACAUUGAUCAUAGUGUUACAUAACUGGAUUAAAUGACAUGAAUUCCAAGUGGUAUCCAAAAUGGAACAGAGUUUGGAUAUAAUCCUAAAAAUACAUACAGAACUAUAUAUCCAUAGGAGAAUUAGAUAGGAGGAGGGUUGUAGUAUGGAUGGGAGACUUAAUAUUGUAGCAAUAAAAUGAAAGACACUAAAAAGGAUAAAAAUAUAUAUCUAAAAAGGCACCCAUCAGGGACUCCCAACAAUAAGUAAGGGAUGUCAGGCAGUAAGAUCUAAGUUAAUGGUGUGGGAAGUGGCUGAGCAGAAAGUACAAGCUGGUGUCUUGAGGCCCCCAAAGGGUCUACAAAACAGUUCCAUAUUCAGCAUACUCCAGUCUGCUUGGUAGUUGAAUUGGGCCAGUGAUGCAGGUGCCCUUGCAGAGAAAGAGCGUGGUAGUCGUAAAAGAACGUACCACCAUACUUGUGCCCCAAGUCCACCAGCUGGGAAAUUCUUCCCUCCUGUCAGGAUAUACUGAACAAACCCCAUCCCGAUAUAGCCCAAAUGCGAGAAAAAAUUCCGGUGUGCUCAAUUUGCGAUUCAGUCUGGGAUCCCUGGAUUUCAAUACUACAGACACGUCACCAUAGCAUAUGUCUUGUUCUCAAUGACAUCUUGGGAGGCAAUGAGGAGUGAGACCAAAUUCUCGCCUUUCCCCUCCAAGAUGUCCUUUUUUAAGUAAGCUGGCACCAUAUGUGUAGGGUUAAAAAUAUGUGGGUUCUUAGGGCCAAUUGGAAUAUUACCAGAUUGGGUGCUCGGGAGAUUAGUGGAAUCAGGAGUAACCAGUGCUGAUGGUGAACUCAGUUGGGUUCUUGAGUCCAUCCUAUCCAACUUGUCAUUGAUUUACCCCAAAGAGGAUAGAACCGAUGACAAAACAGCCUGUAGAUCGUAAGACUGGCCACUAUUGGAACUCUCUCCAGCCCCAGUGUUAUCGGUCUAGAUAUUAAGUAACCUAUACAGUUCAGCUUUCCUGGCCGUAGCCAGAUAGGGGAAGUUUCUUUUGCGUAAUUCUGCUGUGAUCCUUGCAAUGGUCCAGGAUCUGAGUGAUAAAGGGCUUGCGGUAUCACCACCACAAGAUGGAGUUACGGAUCUGGCAGGUGUGCUGGGGAUAGAUAAUUCCUCCCCGCCUUCAGGUAGUUGCGACACACUAUAAUUAAAAAUAGGAGGUUAUGUGGGGCCUACUACAUAUACUGGCUGGCUAGCUAAUGCCAAGUGGCAAAAAAUUACCUAACAAUAUGACAGGUGACGCCCUGCUAAUCACCAAGCGGCUUGAGAGGCUCUAUCUAUGAGUUGGCGUGAGUGGAAUUUGUGGCCACAAAAUGUUGUGGCAGGGUGAUGGCCUCUCGGUGACAUGUACAAACAUAAGACAGAAUGGGAGUGACAAGUGAGGUCUUUACUAUGCAACCAACGAAACUAUGAUUUGGCCCGAGCGGCGAACAUAGCUUAGAGGUGAGGAUUAUUAUUAUUAUUAUUAUUAUAGCACCAUCAAAUUCCGCAGCGCUUUACAAUGGGUUGACGAACAGACAUGUAGUUGUAACCAGACAAGUUGGACACACAGGAACAGAGGGGUUGAGGUCCCUGCUCAAUGAGCUUACAUACAGGGAGUGGGGUAAAAUGACACAAAAAGGUAAAGAUAGUAUAAGACUAGUGACAGUUGCAGAAGAAGAAUCAGUCAGGAGAUAUUAACAGUUUAAUUGAUACGUUUCUAUGAAGAAGUUGGUUUUUAACAAUUUUUUGAAGGAGUGGAGACUAGGUGAGCAUCUAAUGGAGGAGGGAAGUUCCACAGGAACGGUGCAGCCCUCGAGAAAUCUUGAAGGCGAGCAUCAGAGGUAAGAGUACGGACAGAAGAUAGACGUAAGUCUUCAGCAGAUCGUAAGGGCCUAGACGGGACAUACUUGUGUAUAAGGGAGGAUAGAUAGGUAGGAGCAGCAUUAUGUAGAGAUUUGAAAGCAAGAACCCAAAUUUUAAAUUGAGCUCUAUAUUUUAUAGGAAGCCAAUGUAGGGACUGACAGAAGGGUGAGGCAUGGGAGGUGCGGGCGGACAGGAAGAUGAGCCUCGCUGCCACAUUCAUUAUGGACUGUAACGGCGCAGGAUGGGUGAUGGCCUUGCGGGGCCACUAAGCUAAGGCAUACAAGGCCUGGAAAAAAUUAUCACCAGAGGCCUCCUAUCCUACAAGCCAGUAUGGACCUAUUCUAAGAACCAUAACAGAGUAGGAGGGUAUGAACAGAAAAGAGAUUAACAUACCUGAUGAGCUAUAGUAAAGGAGCAGGAUCAGAUAAAACAACCUUCUGUAAUAACCUAUGAGAUUAAUUGUAAGUUGUAGAACCCAUAUCGUAAAGUACCCCUUUACACCUCAUACUACAAAGAUACCUACCGGUGUAUUACUUGAGAAAAGUGGACCGGCACUAAAUGAUUUGAAAGUAGGCUUGGAUGGCCUAGUAGCUAGUAAUAUAGAAGGACCAGACCCUAAUGAGGCCAGAUGUGGCCAGAAUAACUAUAACCACUAACCUAUAUACACAGUGAGAAGUGAAUGUAGGAGUGCUGAGGCCCAAAUGUUGAGCACUGCGAGGAACUGAAACAUAAAAUGCAUAUAAUUCAGUAUAUGAACAUAAAUGACAAUAGCACCAUAGUUUAAUGUACAUUUUGUUAAAUCAAAAGAUCAUACCUAGGAUAAGAACCAAGAGACCUAGAACACUGAAAUAAUGUGUCUAGAAAAAUGUUAUUCCAGGAUCGUCUAAUAAGCGUAACACAACCAAUAAGCAAAUGCUUGUUUUACCUAAACAAAUUAUCUUAAUACAACAAGCAGACAAUCUAUAUAACUACUUGCAAUAAUAAAAUUUGACCACCAGAAGCCAAUAUGUAAAACAAACAAAACAAAAAGUACAUAGAGAAACCCCCAUUCACAUAAGCAUGUGAAAGUCUAUAGCUAACGUAGGGAGCUUGGUUAUAAAUUUAUGAACGGCAAUGCGGUUACUAAAUUUCGUAUAUAACCAAAACGCUCCACACCAACCAAACCCAUCCGAAAUAACAGUUUAAGAACUCAAUGACAACUUGUUCGUGCACUGAACAAGUGUGUUUAUGUGCAUGCUCCCUUAAAAGCCAGCUAAACCUAAUGAGCACGAACAGCUGGAAGUAGCUGAAAGACAAGUAAUAAAACAUAAGUGUUUGUAUGACCAUUCGUAUGGCUGUUCAUAUGGCCGCGAACAGAUAAAAAUUAACAGAGAUGCCUGAAUAAGAGUCAGACCCGACCCAGAAUGAUGUGAGCACCCGCGACCGAGGUGCGACGGGAGGCUUGAUUUAUGUUUUUUACUGGACAGUCCUUGAAACGACCUGUUAUGUUACAAGUGGUUUAAAUGUGGAACACAACUGCAGAUUAUAAAUUUCCUUAUUUUUAUUAUAGAGAGUGAAAUGAGAAUCCUUUAAUUAAUAAGGCUACUGUAGCUUUAAGGCAGCAUGGCUUUUGCAGGUUGUUAGUUGAAGACAUAAAGCAUUAAUAAUUGUAAUAGUAUUUUAGUAGUAGCAGAUUUUAGCAAGCAGGUAACAGUUCAUUAGCAAAGUAAGAAUUCAGAGAUACUUUCACAUUGUAUACUUAUGAUUGCUGGGAGUUGUCCUCCAAAGACAGGUUAGUUUGAGUCCGUAGGAUGAUUAAACAUCAAACAGCCCGGUUUCCAAUAAUUAAAAAGAGAGCAGGUAAAUCCAAUACAUGGUCCGUGGUCAAAGGGAGAUGAGAAGGCAGUAAUCCGUUUAAACAGUCCAAGGUUCGGUACACAGUAUAACGGAGAAGAGCUUAGCCGGCAAUGUGAUUGCGGCAGUAACAACCAGAAAUCACUAAGCAAUUUUGAAUCUGGCGCAGUCUCUCUAUAAGGCUUGAGAGAGCCGCGUCAGAGAGGGGACGGGGACGGUUCCGCAUACCGGAACGGAGCUGAAAAGAUAAGUCCUGACACGACCAAAGCAGUGCCGAUGUCCUGUCGGGAUUCUGGAAGUCAAGAGACAGCGGGACAGAAGACUGGGGACUACAGGACCAGGUGAGCAUUCCACGAGAUACAGGUAAGUAAAUGGCAAUUUGAACAGACCGGAAGUCACGUUAUUGCAAAUCGCCAGACCUGAGACGGGAGUGGGGGGGGGGCUGGUGCUCCUUAAGAAGGGAAACCAAGCCCCUCCCACAACUUCAGGCCCAGCCUUCUGUAUAUAUGUGUGUGCCAGAUCAUGAUUAUGCAGGUGUGUAUGUGUGUGCAUCUAUUAAUGUGUGUAUCCAACGUAGCUGCAAUGUAAUCCAUGUAUACAAUAAUUAUAGGACCCUAUAUUCACAAUAUGGAGCCAUCAAAUGGCCAACUUGAAUCUAUUUGCUGUUGCAACACAAUUUUUUUUAUCUUUUUUUUUUUUUUUUAAUAGUAAUGUCAAGAAAUAGUAGAUUUUUAUAGUCUUUUUUGAGGCUGAAGAAAAGAAGAUUUAGAAGAAAUAAGACACCUAAUAAGUAUAUAAAUAGUUUACAAAUAUUUUUUUACCACGGGUAUUAGAUUUAUUGGGCACCCUCACAAGUAUUAUGGCAAAGGAGUUAGGUAGGGUAUUUUAUUAAGAGGGGAAGAUUGCUACAGGCCUAGGUAGAACAAGGGCCUAGUUUGAAGGGUGGAAAAUUAUAUGUCAACCUCCUGGUAUAUUUUAUAUUAGUAGUUGUAAUGACAUAGAUGUUGUAUAGGCUUUGGAGUCCAGCAGUUGAAUCAGCAAGGAUUUCUGCCAGAAGUAGCCACUUAUUACCCAGUUGGCUGAGCUCCUAAACAUUCUGGUCCUAAGCAGAGAUGACAGAAUGGGAGAGAAAUAUGGUACUGUAGUAAGGCAAGCCGAGGUUAGUGGGAAGGAGAAGCAACAAAGUGAGAUGAUCUAAAUUCAGCAACGGGUUGAACAAACAGGAACAAGCUUUAUUAGAAAGUCACCGGAAUCAAAAUAAUCUGGCAAAGAUUAUUGAUUAAAGAUUAUUAAUCUGGCAGAGACAAGAAGUGGAUUAUAUAGGCAAGAGCCAGAUCCCUGCCCAGAGUGGUCAGAGACCACUGAAGAGAGUUGGCACAAAUAUCAUGGCAUGUAAAAUCAAGGUUGUCCGAGUUCAGGUAUAUCUGCAAAAGGUAGGCUGGCAAAAUAGUGCUCCGAUCCAUGGAGAAUAAACAAAAUCCCCACAGGGGUAAAGAUUUUACUAGCCACUACAAAAUUCCAUGCCGAAAGCAGUUCACCAGUCAAACAUCUGGAACUGAAAAUGGGGCACUCCCCCUGAAUAUCAGGUAUCAAUUGUUCAUCUCAGUCUAUUGUACCUCCCCUCCAGUUAGUGCUCUCCUGGGUGGUCAGGAGGUUGGGGAAACAGAGGUGGAAGAUGGCCAGGGAAUGUGAGUAGGUGCUGCCAAACCGGAAUUCCAUAUAAUUGCAAUCAAGUCCCACUACAGUCCUCGCUGCUCCCUGGACUCAUUGGCCAGCCUUGAGGAGUGGAGCUUUUGGGUGGUUGGCAUGGAGGGUAGGUUCGAGAGAGUCCUUUUUGGGGUUCAGAUGUGAGCCUCCUGGUAUGGACACAAGUGACUGGGUGUUGUCACAAGACUGUCCCCUCAUUUUUUUUAAUUCAAUACCUCACACCCACUGGCCAAAGUUCGGGGUAGAUGGGGUGGACAGUGAUCUGCCCACCUCCAUUAUUUAAUUUAAAGCCCCCACCCGAUGUUAACAUCUCGCACCCUGCUUACAUCUUGUGCUUGAUUUAUGUGAGAUUUAUACAUAAAUAUUUGUUGUUUUGUUUGGUAUGUCCUGCUAUCUAAGGAAAUUUAAUUUUGUUCUUAACCCCUUAAGGACACAUGACAUGUGUGACAUGUCAUGAUUCCCUUUUAUUCCAGAAGUUUGGUCCUUAAGGGGUUAAAAUAUAUAUAUAUAUAUAUAUAUAUAUAUAUAUAUAUAUAUAUAUACACACUAUUCUACCAAUCUACUUCUCUAAUACUAUCCUUACCUUUUGUGUCACUUAACACCACUCCCUCUAGCAUGUAAGCUCAUCGAGCAGGGCCCUCAACCCCUCUGUUCCUGUGUGUCCAACUUGUCUGGUUACAACUACAUGUUUGUUAGUUCACUCAUUGUAAAGCAUUGCAGUAUUUCUUGGAGCUAUGUAAAUAAUAAUAAUAAUAUAUUGUUGGGUGCAUGAUUAUACACAAUGGGUUUCCAAUAAAAUUGUUUAUAUUUUUUUUUAUCAGUUUUUGUUCUUCUUUCUGCAAACUUCAUUAUAUUUUUAAGCAGAAUUUUACAUUUUCAGAAGUUGAUAUGUGAUAGCAGAACCAGGAUAUGUGACAAAUACAAUGCAUUUUUUUUUCUACUAAACUAUUGGCUUAUAUUUUUCAAGCUUGUUCUCUACUUGUCACAAAUCAAGCAAAAUACUAUAAAAAAAUGAAAAAUUUAAAAGAUUUAUGUUGCUGUUUGCAAUGCUUCUAUUUGAUCUUAUUUAUUUUAAAUAUAUUUCAUACACAUGUUUCAUGAUGUAAGAGUGUCUUUAAAUCAUAAUGUGAUAACUUCAAAGACCUAUAAGCUUUUCUUUUACAAUUAAAUAUUAGAUUACAUUUUUAGAUGAUAUUGAAUACAUCCCACCUUCCACUAUAUAAAAAAUUGGUAUUCCUAAUGUAGAGUUGCGCUUUUUAUUUUAUUAUGUUAAGUCAAUUUGAACAAAUAUAAUCAGAAACAGAAAAACAAUACGAUAGUAAUAAAAUGUUACUGCUCUCUAAGGAUGUGUUAUGAAAUACACAGAAUCUGUAUGUCUUCAUUCAUUACUUUUUUAACUAAACAAAAUCAACAUUUUAACAUAAGGGGAAUGUACAGAAUAAUCCAAAUAUCACCUAGUCUAAUAUUCUAAAAACUGUAACCUGAAUGUCUUCCUCUUUUCCUUUGUCUUGAUACUAAGGGAUCUAACUGUGUACCUCACUUUAGAAUAAUCAGAUAUCUGACCAGUGAGCUAAUGGUAUCAACAGAUAUAUACCCUUUUUCUCCUUUGCAAAAAUAUACCAGUUAGGAGAGAAGGUUUAAUCUUUUUUUCACUAUAUCACUGAAAAGUAUUUCAUUUCAGUUUUAUUUCCUUAAUUUCCUCUACAGGUGUACUCAACCCACUCAGAAAAUCGAAGUAAAAUGAAUGAUAUAAAAGGAUAUAGUGAAUACAACAAUAUUUUUCAGAAGAAUAAAAACAAUUUGCAGGUAAUUGAAAAAAAAAUGGUUAAAACUCACAAACUGACAAAACAUAAUUCCACAAAAACCUUUAAAAGGCUUAUGUAAAAUAAAAAAAUGGUUUCAUAGGAGCACUUAAAAAACACAUGCUUGUUAGAUUUAAAUUAGCAAGAAACUCGAGAUAUAUGGUACUUGCUGUGAAUAAUAAUCUUCGAUUUGAAUGGAAAUGAGCAUAUUACCACAAAGAAAUGUUUCAUACAUUUACCACUUCCAUACCAUGUUCACAUUAAUAUUACAAUUUGAAACAGAAGAUUUAAGUGUAAAGAUUGCUGUUCAGUGAUAUAAAAAUGUAUGUGAAUUUUAAUAUUUAACAUUUAUUUGCCUAUCAUUUACAGAAAAAUUAAUGGUAUUUUUUUUUAAAAGAUAGUAUUAUAUCUCUUAUCUUGUACUUAUUGCAGAAAACUAAUAUUGCAGCUAAUUCCUGUAGUGCACUCAGUGUGUGUAGAACCCAGUUCUCCCCCUUGGUUUAUAGAAUUCAGCCAUGAAGUUUCACCCAAGGUUACGAUAGUGUGGGGGAACUAUCUACAGUCAAUUGUUUUACAUACACAGAGAAAAGAUUUGAUUGUUGGCUGAGAGAUUCAUUUCUCUGCAUAGUGAAAAUCAGUGCUGAUGGGAAGGUAGGAAUGAAUUUAUGUUCUCUCCAAUGCAAAACCAAAAGUUUUUAUGCAUUUGGUUGGAAGGUAAGCAAUUAAUUAUCCAUCCUCAGGUUGGAGUGUGCAUUUUACAAACCAGACAGAGUUAGUAUGACAGAUUCAACAAAUCAGUGAUAUUUUAUGACAAUAGUUACACAAUUUUAGCAAUUCCUUCUCUAUACAAACCUUAAUGAUAGUUCGUAUGAGAUUAACCCAUUUACCUUGGACACCCACCUUCUAAGUAUAUGUUUUGUACAUUUCUACAGACAGACAUUUAUUUUAUAAAUUGGAGGAAUGUGGCAUGUAUGUGUCGGGAUUUAUUUCCUAUUAAAAAGGGGUUAGUUAGUUAGUUAGUUAGUUAGUUAGUUGGGUAACUGUAUAGGGAUAUCUGAUAUGGUUUAUCACAAACAUAGACACCAUAAGCAUUAACAAGUUUUUGUGUCUUCAAAAUGUCAAUCAGUAAAUCAAAGAUAGAUUUUAAAAAGGCUGGGAGGUGAGUAAGCAUAAUAAUUUGUAAAACAAUUUCAACUCAUAAAGAGGUUCUUGAAUCAGAAUUUUCAAUCAAACGUUUUCUUUUGAAAUCCAGUUUCAAUUAAAGUUAAACAUGUUUGCUUUUCCUGUUGGUUGAGCAUGUUUAGUGAAAAUUAAUUGAAUAAGCAAAACACUAAAACCUUUAAAAUUUCACUGUGUGAAAGGAGACAUUUAUUGGGUGAAGUAUUAGCUAUAGAUCAAAAGAAAGAAAAUAUUAAAAUGGUACAAAGAGACACUCAAAUUUAAGAUUAUAUAUAUCAUUUCUGUCAACUCAAACCCUUGUUAUGGAUUAUAUAAUUAAAAAUAAUUAAACUUUUAUUUAAGUUUGCUUCACUAUUACUGUAGACUAGAUUUUUUGUAUUCUGUUUUAUAUAGGUGUCUCAGUGAGCUUACACAUUCCCAGCUUGCUCAGUUACAAUCUAUAAUGAAUGCAUCAGAGAGGCUUAUCUCCCUGUUCGCUAGCAGGCUCCAUGCCUCCCCCCUCUGUCAGUCCUUACACCUGCUACCCAUAAAUAAUAAGCCUCAAUUAAAAUUCUGGUACUUACUUACAAAUCUCCAAUCUACAUACCUAUCCUCAUUAAUACACAAGUAUGUCCCAUCCAGGCACAUACUCUCUGCCAAAAACCUACGUCUAUCCUCUGUUUGUACUCACAGCUGUUAUGCCCCUCUUCAAGACUUCUCUAGGACUGCAUUGUUCCUAUGGAUCUUCCUUCUCCGCUCUGAUAUUGCACAUUACUUUAAUGGUAUUCAUAUUUGAAGUAAAAAAAAGAACAACUUCAGAUUCAGUUUGAAUUUGGUCGUACCAAAAUUCUUAAAAAUUUUACUUAACUUCUUCAUCUAAGUCAACCAUUAUUCCUUAAAAAAGUAAUAAUAUAUUGCACACAUACUAUAUAUUAUCUUUAUGUUGACAGUGUGAUGAUUAACAUGGUGUAAAAUUAACAUUGUAAUAUUAACAUGGUGCAAGAACUAGGCUUGCUUGUUUGAAAGUUUAGGAGAGUGAGUAUUAAUAAGCAAGAUUUUAGGGGAAUUUGAAAAGAAGAAGAGAUUAAGAGAUGACUGUACUGGUCAUCAGUUUUUCUGUAAUUUCUGAAACAAUAUUCAGAUUUAGACAAAAUUAUAAAAAAAAAAAAAAUGCCAGUUAAUUGUUUAAUUCAUCAGAAUCCAAAACAUAUUAUAUAUAUAUAUAUAUAUAUAUAUAUAUAUAUAUAUAUAUAUAUAUAAAUAUAUAUUUAUUUAUUUAUUUGGAAGAGUCUAGUACUCUGCCCAUAAAUACAUAAGUCAAAAUAAUUAUGGUGCUGAACAGCCCAAUAUGUAACAAAGGAAAAGAUAAGAGCACUCACUGGCUUUUCAAAAAAAGUGCAUUCAAGACAUGUUGAUUACUGGCUUGCUAUUGAGGCUUGGCGUUACGUGUGGAGUGUAACAUAUUCAUCCUCACCUUGCAGUAUCUGCGCUCAGCGGCCAUGCUGUAUCUGACUCCUGCAACAUGUUGGUGGAUGCCGGCCACUGCGGAUCCAUGCCAAAUUAUAGCCCCACGUCCGCCCAUGGUGGUGAUGACAUGGGGGUGUGUGACGUCACACGGGAGACGUGCACGCAUGUUCUGUGGUCAAAAGCCGAUUUCAGCCAAUCAGAUUUGUAAAAGGCUUAUUUAAACACAUUUUUACUUCUCCUCAUUGCCCUGUCGUGGUUUCCCUUUCCCUAUAUGAAAAUGAGGUUUGGAAAACAGACCCUUUUUUAGGAGCACCAAAACAAGGCGUGGAACUCAUGCCAAUAUCGCAAAAGGACUCUGAGAGCUAUAUAAAGCACAACUACAACAGGACCCUUACAUGCAAACUGAGGAAGCCUGAGAAAAGGUGAAACAUGUUUUUAUUUAACAAAAAGGACAUUUCCUGUGAAAUUUUAUCUGCUUAUUUUUUUAAUAUAAUUUUUUUGUUAAUCAUAAUUUAAAGAAUAUUCUCAAUAAAUACAUAUUUACUACUUGGAGUACCCUAUUUGGAAACUGAUUUUUACACCUAAAUUUGGAAGUGCUCAUCCUGGAUUACAUUCUCCUUAAUACUUAGAGAGUGUCCCUUCUAUUUAGGGAUUCAUUACACUUGAAGAGAGACGUAAUUACAGGCUCCUGAACAUGUGAGUGGUUCUAAUCUUCCUUUUAAUAUUACAAUAUUUAUGAAAAUACUACACUGUAUAUCGCUACUCUCCACUUUUUAUCUUCAUGGUAUAUAACCUGGUAAUAAGAGGGUGUAGAGUCUCCCUUAAGACUCUGAAAUGCAAAAAUUGAGCCAAAAAGAGAGGCUCUAGUCCACGUGAGUGAGCAUUUAUAAGAAACCUCUUUUAUAAUAUACUAUAAUACCUUGUCUAGAUAUAUUGCACUAUUGUGUUGUCCUAUGUAUUUUCUUUGAGGUCACUUUAACUCCUAUGAAAAUCAAUUGCUGCUAAGUAUUUAUCUGCACAAUAUUUUAACACUUUAAGGUUUUUUUAACACUUUUUAAAGUUUUUGAGAUUACUAUGUUUCUCACUUAUGUGAUAUCACAUUGUAUCACUAUUAAUCACUUUGUGUGAAUUUAAAUGCACUGAGAGCACUUGAGAAUUUGUUUCCAAUAGUCACUUUUGAGAUAAUAAACUCCAAGGAAUCCAUUUUUAAAAUGGAAUAAUGAGGCAACAAUGUGAUUCUUUGUUGAACUAAUUUGCAUAUGCCCAACCAAAAUACCUUGCAGUAGUAACACCACUAACAAAUUUGAGAUUUCUGUGGAAAAAGCAAGUCUUAUGGCUUAAAUAAUGUGCAGAUCUUUGUUUAACAAUGUAUUGACAAUAUAUAUAUAUAUAUAUAUAUAUAUAUACACACAUACACAUACAUAUACAUAUAUACAUACACACACACAUAAUACAAAAAGUCAUUGCACAAAAUUAUUUAAUUUGCCGGGUUCCCAGCCUUGGCUUUGAAAUAUGCCUUAAAAUAGAAAUGUUGGUAUUCCAAUAUCUGUUCAUUCAUAUUGCCAUGAACAUCCACUAUACUAUGUGCGAUUACAAACAAGUAUAGAAACAGGUCAAUGUUCUAGUACCACCUGGGGAUUUUCUUCAUCAUUGUAUCAUUGGAAAUUUCACAAUUGAAUAAAACAUUUAAAAUCCCAUAUAGCUUAUGUUAACUUUUUUCAUGAGAUAAUUCAUUUUCUUUUACGAUUUAUAUGAAAUGUUUAGCAAAUGACAUCACAAUCUAGUUCAGACAAGCAACGCCAGGGCAAACAUUACAAAAGAUUAUAUAAAGAAUGAUUCAUUUGACUUCUUCUCUCUCUAUUUUUUCUAUGAUGAUGUGCAAAUGUGCCAGGUGCUAAGGGCAGAACUUAUAACAAUGACUAAUAGGGAACUAAGAUGGAGGCACCCAGUUGCAAGAGGUGUGGAUUUCUAUGUUUUAUUCAGUUUUUUCACAACUUACAAAUACAUCUUUAUAAAAUAUAUGCAAUAAGUAAUCACAACAUUACAAAUUCUAGGAGUAAACAGUUCCCAUUUAAAACAAGAGAUGAAAACUCUUUUAAAUGUAAAAUAAAACCUUUUUGAAGUAACACACUUAAAAUGUAUGUAGCCCUCAGAUGUCCACACAGCUAAAAACCGCAUAAAGAAAUCCACAAGAGAUCCAUAAUAUAUUUAUUUACUGUCCUAUAAAUGAAAUUAUAUUUUCUUUGCUUUCAUUUUCACUGGGUUUUAUUUAUGGCUAAGUGGUAAUACCGUUUAAGCAAUGGGUAUCUUGUACGGCCCAACAUUAAAUAUAGCUUGUUAUAAAGAUUGUCCGUUGAUUUAAGUCUGCUAUUAUGUAUCUUGUUGAAUUCUGCCUGAAAGUUUCUAGCAUAAAUCAUCACCACAUCAUUCUGCAUUGCACCUCUAAAGCGAUGCAUUAAUAUUUUUGUUAAAAAUGUACUUUGCAGCAAACAGUUUUAUCAACACUUGCUAGAAAUAUGGCCAAACCAGUUUAGCUAAGAACACAUCAUAAGAAUACAAAUUAACAGUUGGUAAACAAUAGCUGUAGAGGAUACCCUUGCAUCCAAAAAUAAAUACUUGUUUUUUUUAGUAAUAUUUCUUUGCAUAUGUUUUUUAUAUUUUUUUUAUUUGCUUGAGUAGAUUAUUCACUGCAAAUUGUUAUGAAUAAAUUUUAUAACAAGUGAAAGAACGAAGCGUAUACUGUUAUUAAUUCUUUAGAGAUCUUCGUUGUUAUUUGUGCUUUGUGAGCAUGCAUCUCACUCUUAGACAAGGCAAUAAUUACCAAAUGACAUUUACAAAAAAAAAAAUUAUAUUCUCUGAGUAAAACAAAUCUUUAUUUUGAAAAAAACAAAGCAAAAAAAAAAAUAAUUUCAAUACACAUGGCCAGCUAUCUCUGACCACAUCACAGAACAUUAUCACUUUCAAAAUGUCGAUUAGAUUAGAAAGUCAUGAGGGCAGUAAUUCAAUAAAACUGUCAAUUCUUAUUUUCUUCACAUUUUUUAUUGAGGGGUAAACAUGAUUUCACAAUAACAUGAAAAACUCUUGGAAUUUCCAGAGGAUUACUAAAGUGUAUCACUGAACUUUGCUAGAAACAAAAAGCAAACAUUAACCUAACUAAACAAAAUCUACUUUUUUAACAAACUAUUUAUUAUGAAAACAUAUAUAUUGUAUUUUCAAUCUUUUUCUUAUUUAAAUAUAGGAACUGUUUUCACUUUACUAUUUUAUUAUUUUAAUAUCAGAGUAAUAAUUUGAUGUUCCUUUGUUUUAUACCUUCCAUCAGUCCAGUUACACAUUUUUGGAAAUUAAAAUAAAAUAUUUACUAUACAAAGGGAUUAGGCAUUAGUAAAUAAAAUGGACUAAGGAAUAGCCAUAAAAUAGUUUUAAACAACAGACUUAUAAUAUUUUGCAGUUUCAGAGCCCAGCAAAGUAUUAAUGGGUAACAGUGUAAAACAUGGUUAUUGCAAAUAUAGAAUAUUUUGUCACCAUAUUAACAACUUGUAAACUUUCCAAAUGCUAUAUUAGUUUGAAUGAUAUUGUGGUUCUGGAAAUGGAUUAAGUGCUUUGCAAAUCAAAUGAAAAUAUUUUAGUUAUGAAAGUCUAUAGGUGUCACAUUUGUUUUAAAUAGAAAAUAUCUGUUAAAGAGUAGACUUUGUCAUUUUAAACAGGAGGAAGGUGUCAACCUCUGAGCUAUAUGAGAUUGAUCAAAGCCACCAGCAUCUGACAAACAAUCUAACAUAGGACCCCCAAAAAGAUCCCUUUCAUUCCAGCAAUCUCCCCAAUAUGGCGCUGGAAUCCUCCCAUGAAGGCUCAGCUCCCUUGAGCUCUAAAGGUUCAGAGGGUUCCAGGUCUAUCAUGGGAAACUCUCCAAGCUUGAAGGGCACUACAUCCAAUAACAGACCAUCUCUGCACCAGAAAUAUCAGAUAUUAUUGGGGAUUCCCUUUCUCCUUAAUCACAUCAUAUAAAGGUUCAUCCUACUCUCUCGUCGGUUCAGGAUGUGGCCCAGGGCUUGGACUUGCCUAAAGUGCAUAUUGCUGACAGGUAUUCCAGUCCAACCAACACCUCUUUCUCAGGUACCACAACACCAACAAUAGCAAACCCCUUCUAAACAUAGAAGGAAUACCCAAGGUGACACCUCCAUGGGAUCUAGGUCACGUAAAAGUAAUCACACACCCUAAUAAAUUAUUAUUAUUAUUAUGAUAUUUAGAGAGCGCCGUCAAAUUACGCAGCAUUUUACAGUGGGUGGACAAACAGACAUGUAGUUGUAACCAGACAAGUUGGACACACAGGAACAGAGGGGUUGAGGGCCCUUCUCAAUAAGUUUACGUGCUAGAGGGAGUGGGGUAAAAUGACACAAAAAGGUAAGGAUAGCAUUUGACUAGUGACAGUUGCAGAAGAGGAAUCAGUCAGGAGCUAUUAACAGUUUAAUUGAUACGCUUUUAUGAAGAAGUGGGUUUUUAACGAUUUUUUGAAGGAGUGGAGACUGGGUGAGCAUCUAACGGAGGAGGGAAGCGAGUUCCACAGGAAUCUUGAAGGUGAGCAUCGGAGGUGGGAGUAUGGACAGAAGAUAGACGUAAGUCUUCAGCAGAUUGUAAGGGCCUAGAUGGGACAUACUUGUGUAUAAGGGAGGAUAGAUAGGUGGGAGCAGCAUUAUGUAGAGAUUUGAAAGCAAGAACCAGAAUUUUAAAUUGAGCUCUAUAUUUUAUGGGAAGCCAAUGUAGGGACUGACAGAAGGGUGAGGCAUGGGAGGUGCGGGCGGACAGGAAGAUGAGCCUCGCCGGCGCAGUCAUUAUGGACUGUAACGGCGCAAUGACUCUUAAAUGCACUGACUGCAGUUUCCUGUCACAUAUCUGGACCUCCUGUAUGACCACUGUCAAGUGACUCUUGCCUGCCUCUUUCAAAAUAACACAGCUUUACCUUACCUGGAUUUUCCUGGUCUAGAGAAGACAUCUCUAUGCGGACCCAUAUAUAGAUACUGGAACUUUGACAUCCCACAGUGCAACAACUGGUGUUUCCAUUCGGCAACUCUUCUCCAACUGGCAGCGUGAGCUAAAGGACUAA